AUGGCGCAGCCCCAGAAACCUCAGAUUCAACCUUGUCGCUAUAAGACUGGCAAGACUCUUGGUGCAGGCUCCUAUUCUGUGGUCAAGGAAUGUGUGCACAUCGACACCGGACGGUUCUAUGCCGCCAAAGUGAUCAACAAACGUCUGAUGGCCGGGCGGGAGCACAUGGUUCGCAAUGAGAUCGCAGUGCUGAAGAAGGUGUCGAUGGGUCACCAGAACAUCCUCACCCUGGUGGAUUACUUUGAGACUAUGAACAAUCUAUAUUUGGUCACUGAUCUCGCGCUCGGCGGAGAACUAUUCGAUCGCAUCUGUCGAAAGGGCAGCUACUACGAAUCUGACGCUGCAGACCUCAUUAGAGCCGUCCUCUCAGCUGUCGCCUACCUCCACGAUCACGGUAUCGUUCAUCGAGACUUGAAACCCGAGAAUCUGCUGUUUCGCACCCCCGAAGACAACGCAGAUCUGUUGAUUGCGGAUUUUGGUCUCUCGCGAAUCAUGGAUGAAGAGCAAUUCCACGUUUUGACCACAACCUGUGGUACACCGGGAUAUAUGGCCCCGGAGAUCUUCAAGAAGAGUGGUCAUGGAAAGCCUGUUGAUAUCUGGGCCAUCGGAGUGAUCACCUACUUCCUACUCUGUGGCUACACCCCCUUUGACCGAGACUCCAACCUGGAAGAGAUGCAGGCCAUCCUCGCCGCCGACUACUCAUUCACUCCGCUCGAAUACUGGCGCGGUGUAUCACAAGAAGCUCGCAACUUCAUCAACCGAUGUCUUACAAUCGACCCACAAAAGCGAAUGACCGCUCACGAGGCACUCCAACACCAAUGGGUCAACCCACCGUACGACCUGACCACAAUCGGUUCCGGAGAAGAUCUUCUCCCCACGGUCAAGAAGAAUUUCAACGCUCGACGUACUCUUCACCGUGCCAUCGAUACCGUGCGCGCGAUCAACAAAUUGCGCGAGGGAGGCGGCUUUAUGAUGGACGGGGUCAUGAGCAUCGAUCCAAAACCAGAACGUGUCAAUGGCCAAGAGGUGGUCGAGGAGAGUCAUCAAAGCGGAGCUCCUUCGAGUAAAGGUGGCGAUGGGGAUCUUAUGCAGAUUGACAGUCGGGGUAAUGCACGUGGACAGACGGAGGAGCAAAUACGAGAGCAGGAACGAAGGGUGAAGGACAUGGUUGCUGGACUCUGGAGUCGCGGCCACGGGAAAUGA